AUGAGUAUGAGCGACCUCUGCGGUGAUUCCUAUCGGUCGAAAACAUCAUUUCCACCAGAAAGGAUGAAAAUGAUGCGGGGUGGGUACUCGGCCGUGGGAAGCCAGAAAAUGAGUAUGAGCGACGCCUCCGAUGAUUCCUAUUGGUCGAAAACAUCAUUUCCACAUGAAUGGAUGAUAAUGAUAUGGAGUAGGUACUGGACUAUAGGAAGCCAGAAAAUGCCUACUCAAGACCUCUCUCAUAAUUCCUAUUGGUCGAAAACGUCGUUUCCACAAGAAAGGCUGAAAAUGAUGCGAGGUGGGUACUCGGCUGUGGCAAGCAAGAAAAUCAGCAUGAGAGACCUCUUUGCUAAUUCCUACUGGUCGAAAACAUCAUUUCCACGUGAAUACAUGAAAAUGAUAUGGAAGAAGGUACUAGAUUAUAGGAAGCCAGAAAAUGCAUACUCAGCACCUCUCUGGUAA